AAAUAUGGAGGUUGGACUAUUGAUCGCAUAUGCUGCUUUGGGUAUCAUGGCAGUAGUGCCAAUAUACUACGGUUCAUUUGCAUCAGUCAAGUGGCCUAAGAAAUCCAAACAAAAACGUAAAAGCCCCGGUCAUGAUACAGACUCAUCUUCAGAAGAGGAAUCUUCAGCCGAGUCUUUAUCAACAGAAGAUGCUUAUCUCUUUCCUAUAUUUGGUUCAGUCGUGUUAUUUUCUCUAUAUUUAAUAUUCAAAUUAUUGGAUAAGGAAUAUGUAAAUUAUCUUGUCACUGCGUACUUUGCGUUCUUGGGCGUAGUCGCAGUGUCUAAUGUUGGUGUUCAUGUUGUAAAAAGCGUUUGCAAGUUUAAAGUAGAUGCUUAUAAGCUCGUAUUGACAAAAAAAGCUAAAGAGCUUUACAUUGCCAAUUUCACGAUCAUACAUCUCGUAUCGCUUUUCUUUUCCAUUCUCCUUACUGCUUUUUAUGUGGGUACCAAAAAUUGGAUUGCGUCAAAUAUUUUCGGACUUGCAUUUGCUUUUAACGCAAUUCAGAUGUUAUCGUUGGAUUCCUUCAAAACAGGCAUGAUUCUUCUUGGUGGAUUAUUUUUCUAUGAUAUAUUUUGGGUAUUCGGUACAGAAGUUAUGGUUACUGUGGCAAAAAGUUUUGAUGCACCCAUUAAAGUUGUAUGGCCAAAACAGUGGACCGGUGAAGAGGCAUUGCAAUUUACGAUGCUUGGAUUGGGUGAUAUUGUUGUGCCUG